AGAUGCAGAUCUUUGUGAAGACCCUCACCGGCAAGACCAUCACCCUAGAGGUGGAGUCCUCGGACACCAUCGAUAACGUCAAGGCUAAAAUCCAGGACAAGGAGGGCAUCCCACCGGACCAGCAGCGCCUCAUCUUCGCUGGCAAGCAGCUCGAGGAUGGCCGCACCCUCGCAGACUAUAACAUCCAGAAGGAGUCCACCCUCCACCUCGUCCUUCGUCUUCGCGGCGGCCUCUAA